AAUGCGUGAUGAAAAUGAAACCUUUGCUACUGUGGCUAUGUGGCAUUAAUGAUGCAAAAGGAAAUUAAGACCAAACAGAAACGGAAACGAAACAGAGGGAGUUGGAUUCGGCUCGAGGAAAAAGCUCUUCUGUCUAUUUAUCCAUCUCUCUCUCUCCUCUAUUUCUCAAAAGUCUAUACUUUCAAACCGAGCAAUCACGGGAUGCCCCUGAAAUCUCUGCUUUGAAUUCAUCUUUCUGCUGCUAAACGACCUAAUCUCCUGAUCCUAUUAUAAAGAAGCCGUGGAAAUUUGCACUCCUUUCUCUGCAAAAUCUGCAUUCCCAUGAAUUUGCUCCUCAUUUCAACCCUUUGUCCAUGAAACCAUGAAACCCCAUAAUCACUUUCUCUACUUGUUAUUCGUUUAUAUGCAUCUCAUUGCGCUCCAAUGAAAUUCUCUUUGCUACUUUUUCUGUUUUCAACCACAAAAUUUGUGAUAUGGAAAACUGUAGUUUGGUUCCCUGUCUCUCUUAUCUGUUUCAAAGACUUGGAGGAUUCUCUUUUAUCUUGUCACUCUUUUGAGUAAUUCAUGAAAACCAUUGUCUUUUUUUCAUUCAUCUACCAAACCCAUGUUUUUGAAUCAGUUCAUGCAGUUCCUAAAAUCAAUUCACACAUUUAGAAGGAAAAUACCUUUUGAUUGUUUGUUUUGACGGGAUAAAGUUUCCUACACAGUUCCUUAAAUCCAUAUCACAUAAAGGGCUGAACAAGCCUGACCAAAGCUUCAAUGGGAACCUCAUGUUUCCAUGCAUUUCGCUUUCGAAAAUCGAAGAGCAAACAUUUGCCAGUUCCUUCCUCAUCAAAAACACAGUUGAAUUCUGAUAUGGAGAACAUGGAAAAGAAGAGAUUUGAUAGCUUGGAAUCAUGGUCAAUGAUUUUGGACUCUGAGAAUGUGGAGACUUGGGAAGUUUCAAAGGAAGAUCAAGAGGAGUGGACUGCUGAUCUUUCUCAAUUGUUUAUAGGUAACAAAUUUGCCUCUGGAGCUCACAGUAGGAUUUAUCGUGGAAUUUACAAGCAAAGAGCUGUUGCCGUGAAAAUGGUGAGGAUUCCAAACCAAAAGGGGGAGACUAAAGCCAAACUUGAGCAGCAGUUUAAGUCUGAAGUAGCUUUGCUCUCACGUCUUUUUCACCCCAAUAUAGUUCAGUUUAUUGCUGCUUGCAAGAAGCCACCUGUCUACUGUAUCAUCACAGAAUACAUGUCACAAGGGACGUUGAGGAUGUACCUGAACAAGAAAGAGCCAUACUCACUUUCAACAGAAACAAUACUGAGGUUAGCUCUUGACAUAUCCCGAGGAAUGGAGUAUCUGCAUUCGCAAGGUGUGAUCCACAGAGACCUCAAAUCAAAUAAUCUGCUUCUAAAUGAUGAAAUGCGGGCUAAGGUGGCAGAUUUUGGUACAUCUUGUCUAGAAACACAGUGCCGAGAAACUAAAGGAAACAUGGGGACUUACCGCUGGAUGGCACCAGAAAUGAUUAAAGAGAAACCCUAUACUAGGAAAGUCGAUGUGUACAGCUUUGGGAUUGUAUUAUGGGAGCUUACAACUUCUUUGCUUCCCUUUCAAGGAAUGACCCCUGUGCAAGCUGCAUUUGCUGUGGCUGAAAAGAAUGAACGGCCUCCAAUGCCGGAGAGUUGUCAACCAGUGCUGGCAAACCUCAUAAAGCGCUGCUGGGCACCAAACCCCGCAAAACGGCCAGACUUCUGUGACAUUGUUUCUGCCUUGGAAAAGUAUGAUGAAUGUGUUAAGGAUGGCCUUCCAUUAACUUCCCAGUCAGCACUGGUCAGCCGAAAUGUCAUUCUUGAACGGUUAAAGGGAUGUGUAUCUAUGAGCUCAUCUGUACCCGUACACGCCUGACUCUAGUCGAAGGUAUUGCUAUUCGUCUUCCCUCUUUAAGGUCAAGAUUACUUCGUAAUAAUUUGUACAUAUUUGAUGUUCUUUUAAUUAUCCAAGGCUGGAGGGUGCUGGUGGCAGAUUUAAGUGAGUUACAUCGAGUGAUUUAGGAUUUGUACCCACUAUUGUAUUGUUCCCUGCUUGGUUAGUCAGGUUUAAUUGUUUGGUUUUCAGUUUUCAUCAAGGAAUUACUCUAUAGUGGAAAACAAUAUGAACAGCAUAGCUGCAAUGAUAAUGUAAGUUUGAUAUUAUCUUUGAUCAUAUAAGUAGGAGCCAUCGAAUGGUGGGUCCAACUUGGCUCUUAUGCCAAGACCAUCCCUGUGAUCAACAAGGUUAGAACCUUGGGUUCCUUGGCAAAA